AAAGUAGUUUCUAUUGUUGUAGUAUCUAUUUUUAACUGUAGGUGGCAGUACUACACAUCAGAUCGUCUAGUCGACCCCAAAUAAAAAGACGAAGAAGAAAUCCACAUCCGGUUAGGUCAUCUGUCACAACAACAACCAGCUAGCAUAGUAGCUAAACAGCAACCCCGAUACGGCCCUUAUUCUGUCAAAAUGGACGUAAAUCAGACGAAACAAGAACACCUACUCGCAUUAAAAGUGAUGCGGUUAACAAAACCAACACUCUUCACAAACCUGCCGGUGACAUGUGAAGAUCGGGAUCUGCCAGGGGAUUUGUUCGGUCAGCUCAUGAGAGAAGACCCCUCCACCAUCAAAGGAGCGGAGGCAUUAAUGCUUGGAGAGAUGCUAACCUUACCACAGAACUUUGGAAAUAUUUUCCUCGGCGAGACCUUCUCCAGUUACAUAAGUGUGCACAAUGACAGCAACCAAGUUGUGAAAGACAUUCUGGUGAAGGCUGAUCUACAGACCAGCUCACAGAGGCUCAACCUCUCUGCGUCAAACUCCGCAGUUGCAGAUCUCAAACCUGAAUGCUGCAUUGAUGACGUUAUCCACCACGAAGUCAAAGAAAUUGGAACACAUAUCUUAGUUUGUGCGGUCAGUUACACGACUCAUUAUGGGGAGAAGCUCUAUUUUCGGAAGUUCUUCAAAUUCCAGGUUUUGAAGCCUCUGGAUGUGAAAACAAAGUUCUACAAUGCAGAGAGUGACCUCAGUUCUGUGACAGAUGAAGUGUUCCUGGAGGCUCAGAUCCAGAACAUCACCACGUCACCGAUGUUCAUGGAGAAGGUCUCUCUAGAGCCCUCCAUGAUGUACAACGUUACAGAGCUCAACCUGGUCUCAAGUGGAGAUGAUGGAGAGUCUACCUUUGGGAAAAUGUCUUACCUGCAGCCCAUGGACACACGGCAGUACCUGUACUGUCUCAAGCCAAAGCCGGAGUAUGCGGAGAAAGCUGGCGUCAUCAAGGGUGUGACGGUGAUCGGAAAGCUUGACAUUGUAUGGAAGACCAAUCUCGGGGAGAGGGGGAGGCUACAGACCAGCCAGCUCCAAAGAAUGGCUCCAGGGUACGGAGACAUCAGGCUGUCUUUGGAAAUUAUUCCCGACACUGUUAACCUGGAAGAACCUUUUGACAUCAUCUGUAAAAUUACCAACUGCAGUGAAAGAACCAUGGAUCUAGUGCUGGAGAUGUGCAAUACCAGGUCGAUCCACUGGUGUGGCGUAUCAGGGCGACAGCUGGGCAAACUGAGUCCUGGUGCUCUCCUCUCUCUGCCCCUGACACUCCUCUCAUCCGUCCAGGGUCUGCAGAGUAUUUCCGGAUUGAGACUCACAGACACAUUUCUGAAGCGGACGUACGAAUAUGACGACAUCGCACAAGUGUGUGUGGUCUGCCCGUAUACAACCAACGAGUGCUAGAAAUUUUAUUGACUUUUUUUUUUUUUUUCAUUUUAAAUAUGAAUGGACCAACUGUGGAUUUCUGCACAUGAGAUUUAACUCUUUUUGCAACUUAAGGGGAUGAAACUGUAUUUUAAAAUCAUUGUGUAUAAUAUAAAUCUCUUUCUUUGAAAAUAAUGAUGUAAAUGUGCAUAAAUGUUAAUAA